UGAGAAGUAAAUGAGACUAGACGCUGGGAUUGAGUUCAUGUGACUUCAGUGAGUUAAUCAGAGCUGAAACCAGUUGUGUUUGUGAGAUGAUGGUCAAACCAGACGAGGAGGAGGAAGAGAGACAGAAAGAGGAAGGAAUUCGCGUCUGAACGACACACUGAGAAGAAGAGAGAGAGAGAGAGAGAGAGAGACAGCUGUUCCAGCCAUACGACACACCCACAGCUCCCGGUGACCUUCGACCUCAGCUGCACACCAUGUGUCACGUGAUCGUGACGUGCCGUUCGAUGCUGUGGACGCUGCUCAGCAUCGUGGCGGCGUUCAGCGAGCUCAUCGCCUUCAUGAGCACCGACUGGCUGGUGGGAUUCCCGCGGACGCCAGACGCCGUCUUCUCUCCGCAGGGGGCCACGGCGGCGGGCGAGGCGUACCGACCCACGCUGGGCAUCUACGGCCGCUGCAUCCGUCUGCCUCACCUGCGGCGCGGUGUCCUGUGCGGCCCGUACGCCGUGCACUUCGGAGAGAUCGCCAGCGGGUUCUGGCAGGCCACCUCCAUCUUCCUCGCCGCCGCGAUCCUGCUGCUGAGCGCCGUGGCCUUUAUCUCCGUCUUCACUAUGUGCUUCCAGAGCAUCAUGAAGAAAAGCAUCUUCAACGUGUGCGGACUCCUGCAGGCGUCUGCAGGUCUGUUCCUGAUCCUGGGUCUGAUGCUGUAUCCCGCCGGCUGGGGCUCAGAUAAAGUGCAGGGUUACUGCGGCCCCGACGCCUCGGCCUAUCAGCUGGGCCUGUGCUCCAUGGGCUGGGCCUUCUACACCGCGCUGGGCGGCACCGUCCUCACCUUCGUCUGCGCCGUGUUCUCCGCGCAGGCCGAGAUCGCCACGUCCAGCGAUAAAGUGCAGGAGGAGAUCGAGGAGGGCAAGAGCCUGAUCUGUCUGCUGUGAGGACUGGAGUAGGACUGGAGCGCGCCGUUCCCUCAGUCAGCCUGUGUCUGUUUCUCAUGUUGGAUGAUCUGAUGUGUGUCCGUCUGAUGUAAAUAUACCUGUAUAUGAUGUAAAUAUGAUUGUGAAGGGUCGUGGGUUCCAGUCGCCCAGAAACCACUGCACCGCGCCGCUCGAUCUCGUGUGUGAGGAGAUGAUUGUGAACGCUGAAUCACAUCAGUGAGCAUGUGCCAGAAUCACUGACGCUUUUCCAGUGCCAAAAUCACACCAUCCUGAUGCCUUGAGCUGCCAAACCAGACCUGAGACUCACAGAGCCAAAGACAAGUGUGUGUGUCUGUCUGUCCGUCCCUCUGUGUGU